UGCCUAUUCUACGAAUACACUGGGAGCUUCUGAAAAGGAAGACGUAAUGGUGUGAUUCCUUGUGUCCUUGCAAUGGUCAUCAUUCUAAUAUUACACGACAAAUUCCACAACCGGGAGUCAGAAUGAAGGGUUUCAAACUCUGAUUUUACGGAUACAUGUAUAAGACGUGCAUGCUGUGUGUGUUUGUGUCGUAGGCAGGAGCAUCGUCCAUGUGGGCUUCAUGCUGCGGGCUGCUGAAUGAGGUGAUGGGCACAGGGACGGUGCGCGGGCAGCAGCCAGGGUUCGGGGCUGGGGCGGGGCCCUUCCGCUUUGCCCCCAGCGCUGGGUACUCCACAUACCCCCCCACCAGCUCAGGGAGUGCAGGUCAGCUCUGCAAGGCCUGUGGACUGGCCUUCUCUGUCUUCAGGCGCAAGCACAUAUGCUCGGACUGUAAGAAAAGUUUCUGCGCCCUGUGCUCGGUGCUGCAAGAGAACCUCCGCUGCUGCACCACCUGCCACCUCCUGCGCAGCACGGCCUUCCAGAGACCACAGCUCAUGGCGCUGCGCGUUAAAGACCUGCGCCAGUACCUGCUGCUGCGCAACAUCCCUACAGACACCUGCAGGGAGAAGGAGGACCUGGUUGAACUGGUGCUCUGCCACCAGGAAGCUGGGGAAAACACCUUGACGCAAGGAGGUGUAGAGGAAGAGGAGGAGGAAGAGGAGGAGGAGGAGGAGGAGGAGGAGGAAGAAGAGGAGGAGGAGGAGGAUGCAGACACGGACAGCCUCCACUCGCUCCCCCACUCCAUCCACGCCUCGCCCCCCUCAGCCGCACGACACUCCGUCUCGGAGCAGUCGUCUCUCUCCACCUCGGAACAGUCGGCUCUCUCCGCCUCUCAGGGAGACACUCCUCUCAGCCGGAGUGACAGCUCAGGGACCGCUCAGAGCCUGGAGCAUGGGGAAUCUCCGACCAUCCCCCUCCUUCACCUGGAACCUGCCAGUGUACCUAUCAUAGAGGUCAGUCCAGUGACACAGAGGAGGAUGCGGGCCUCUCUAUCUGACCUGGACAAUGAAGGGGACAUUGAGAGCCUGUCUGUCCGGCAGCUCAAAGAGAUUCUGGCCCGUAACUUUGUCAACUACUCUGGCUGCUGUGAGAAGUGGGAGCUGAUAGAGCGGGUCCAUCGGCUCUACAGGGAGAACGAGCUGAACAGGAAGUCCAUGGAAAAUGUCAGCAACAUCAACAGCAUGACCGCAGUGGUGUCAUAUCCUCCGCCUAUCUGCAAUGGUGCAGUGGAAGACGGUGUGAAGGCUCAGCUGGCCUCUGAUGACCACCUGUGUCGCAUCUGCAUGGACGCUGUGAUCGACUGUGUGCUGCUGGAGUGCGGUCACAUGGUCACCUGUACUAAAUGUGGGAUGAGGAUGAGCGAGUGCCCCAUCUGCAGGCAGUACGUGGUGCGGGCCGUGCACGUCUUCAAGUCUUAACUCUGCCGUGAGCGUGCAUGUCAGCCAAGGAUAUUGAAGCUGUUGGGGAAAACCUGAGGUGUGCUUGAAAACCUGAGGUGAAUGGUUUUGCAAGUUUCCAAGGACUUAAUGCUGCAGCAGACGUGCACAUCCUCCAGUCCAAAUGACAUGCAGAGCAGACAGCUUCAAACGGCCUAACUUCUACUACUGCUACUAGAACUACAAGAGCCGCACAGGAAACUGCUCUGUCUGGUCUGAACCUCCACUGGCUCCAGGUCACUGACUGACCUUCUGUCUUUAGUGUGAUACACACUGAACUGUUUCAAAAAUAACUCUACAAUAUCUUAUUUUACAGUGCUUCAUUUUAAUUUGUUUUUUACUUUUAAUAAACCAUGAAGCGGAAUUGGUCCCAUCAGGGCCGGUAUACCGAACGGGGACACAGGGCUUGUGCCCCGGGGCCCCGACCUUCCCCAACCAAAUUUGUAUUUAUUUGGGGGUUGUGGGUCUCCUGGAGGUUGGUGGGCCCCCCAGAUAGCAAAAUGUGUAUAAUUGCAGGAAAUUCGCUUUAAAACUGCAAAAGUCUCUCUCAACCUCAUUGGAAAAUGUGUAGAAUAGCAGGAAAUUUGCUUUAAAACAUACUUUUUUUUGUCACAGCCUCAAGGCAAAAUGUGAACAAUAGCAUGAGAUGAGAUAUAAAACAGCAAAUCUUUCUCUCUGACCGAUAGCAAAAAGUGUAAAAUUGCAGGAAAUUAGCUUAAAAACUGCAACAUUUCCUCUUAGCCUCAUGAUGAAAUGUGUAGAAGACCAUUUUAAAACUUGGGGGGGGGAGUGCCUUGAGGUCGGAGCCCCAGGGCUCCAAAUGGAGAUCAUUAUGAUAUCCCAGGGUUAGAGUCAAUAUGGUUUACACUCAUACCACACCAGGUUAUAUUGUACGUAUCUCCUUCAAUGUUCUUUAGUAUGUGCAAUAUUAAAAAAGAGACUUCUAUGUGUGAGUGAGAAACUGUCUUUCUGUCUAUAAACCAGUCUGAGAAACUCAACCAGGCUGCAUGUCUCUGUGAUGUUCC